CCGAAAGUUUCAAUGAUUUCUUGGCAGAUUUUGUAGGACAUAUUAGUGGUGUAAUGGGAUUAAUUGUUGGAAGCCCUUUAGAUGUUUUGAAAGUUCGCUUACAAACAAUGCAAUCCGAUUCAUCAUCCCACACACUUCAUAAGCCUUCAUCAUUGAAAAUGUUGAAGAAAAUGAAGCAAACAGAAGGG